AACAAAACUAUUUGAGCGAUAACCGUGAUAAAACUAAGUCCAUGACUCCUACGGACGUAGCAUACGCUAACGACUACGCUCUGAUUUCUCAUUUCUUCAUCCAAGAAUUCUUAAACAUUGAAAGCCUUUUGACAAUCUGACAAUGAGAUUUAUAAAAAGACUAGCUAGUGGAUUAUUAGAGUAUGAAACCCAGAAAGUAGUACAAAUUCAUUCCAAAAAAAUUGGUAUCACAUUCAGACUUAUACAAUUGGGAAUAAUUCUCUACGUCAUAUUAUGGGUUAUGAUAUAUGAAAAAGGCUAUCAGUCAUUCGACCGAGCAGUGAGUGGAGUAACGGCAAAGCUGAAAGGUGUAGCAUUUGCCAAUGUGACAAGUAAUUCUCAACUUGGUGCUACUGUUUGGGAUGCAGCUGAUUAUGUAAUACCGCCACAACAGAACUCCGCAUUUUUUGUAAUGACCAACUUAGUUUAUACACCCGGCCAGACAUUGGGACGCUGUGAAGAAGCACAUGAUGUACUUGGAAACAGUUGUUACAAUGAUUCACAAUGUCAAGCUGGACAUUUAGUUCUACGAGGUAGUGGAAUACAAACUGGACGGUGUGUAAAUUCUACGAGACAAGCAAACUUAAGUGUCUGUGAAAUAUAUGGAUGGUGUCCUACAGAGCAUGAUAUCAUUCCUAGACCACAUCUGUUAGCAUCAGCUGAGAAUUUUACUGUGAUAUUGAAAAAUAGCAUUGAAUUUCCACGGUAUCGAGUAAAACGUAGAAAUAUACUAAAAUGGAUGAAUAGUUUAUUCUUAAAAACUUGUUUAUAUAAUCCAAACGAUGAAAAGCUUAAAUACUGUCCCAUUUUUCGUCUUGGUGAUAUAUUGAAAUAUUCUGGUUCAGUUAAUAAAGACAUCUGGGAGACUGGAGGUAUGGUAUCUAUUCACAUUGAAUGGAAUUGUAACUUAGAUUUUGAUAAAGAAUAUUGUUUACCUAAAUAUGUUUUUCGUCGUCUCGAUGAUUUUCAAAGUGAAGUAGCUAAAGGAUGGAAUUUUCGACUAAGUCAGCAUUACCUUGAUGGUGGUAUACGUAAACGUAAUCUAAUUAAAGCAUAUGGGAUACAGUUUUUUAUAACAGUCUAUGGAACUGGAGGUAAAUUUGAUAUACUUACAUUUUCAAUGAAUUUAGGCUCUGGUUUAGCACUUCUUGGUAUAGCCACUGUACUUUGUGAUAUGAUUAUACUAAAUACAACACGAAAUCGUGGUGUAUAUCGUAAGGCUAAAGUGGAUUUAAUAGCUGCAAAAAGCCAUGUAGAACAAGUGAAAGAAAUCAAUAAGGGGAGAAAUAAUCAUAUUAUUAAGGAUUCCUCUAAAAAUUCAUCUACAAAUCAACAUGUCAAUGAAAUGAAUACACAUAAAGAAGAUAAUUUUAACACAAAUAAGUCUAUGAUGAAUGAACUAGUUUCACAAAAGAUAUGGUUACAUGAUAAAAGAUGUAAGAAAGUAUCUUUAAGCAAUAAGAUUUUGAAGAAUUAUUUAAAAAACGAGCAACUUUUCUUUGAUUCACCAAGUUUCCUUGGAUUUCAAUUCACACCAAUAUCUUCUUCAUUAAAAAUUACACAUAAUAAAGAUGAAAUAAUCUAUGAAAAGAAUUUCAAUGAUACCACAGUUAAAUGUACAUGUACUAUGAAUAUUAAUUCAACUGGAACUUCAAAUGAUAUUUCCUCUUUUAUUUCAUCAACUAAACCUUAUAAAAAGAUGUUUGAUCCAUUAAAACAUUAAUCUUAGUUUUGUCAAAUACAAUAGUAAAUCACAUUUACUACCAACAAUUCUUAAAACACUUUUGAAAGAAAUUCGAUUCACAAUCAUCUUACUAUAAAUUAUAUUGGUUUAAAAACUAUUUUAAGAUUAUCAGAAUAUUGUUUGUAUAUAUAUUUAAAGAAAUCAGAAAGUAAUGGUAAAUAAAUUAGAAAAUCUGUAUUCAAGUAUUAUUGAUAACUUUAUUUCAACAUAUGAUCAGCUAUUCAACCAGCCAAUUUCAUCAGCUAUGACGAACAACUGAGAAAUGUGCUUACAACUAAAAGCUACAACUUAUCAG